CAACAUAAAAAUCGAACUGUACUAGAGUGUCAUCCACAUGGCCCGGGGACAGAUCCACUAGAUGAUCACAAGCAAUUCUUAUCAGAAUUGCAACAACGUGAUAUAUUUUUACCACAAUAUCUAACCAAAUUAAUAAAUGAAGAAACGGAUGGUAGUCUGACACUAGGUGACUUGAUUCAAAAUUAUCAGUCACCAAAGAAUGAUGAAGAAAGUGUUGAUUCUGCAAUAGCACUCUCUUUGUUGGAAUAUUAA